AUGCCAAGUUCUAUAAAUGGUUUCAUGAUCAUCAUCGGUUUUGGCCAACUAAGCACCCUCAUUGGGUCUCUUGGUUUCAAAGAGUCGAAGAUCAAAAGCAGUAUAUUUGGCAUCAAGCAGGAAUCUAUGAUAUUCUCCAAUUCUCCAAAUCUUAGUGCUUUGGUAGGACUUAGACCAGAUGGCCCCCAGUUUGAUGCUCUUGUUGGUAAUUCCAUCUCCAUUCCAGAUGAUAACUUUGGCAUUGAGUUUACGAAGCUCAAAAGUUUUGCUUCCUUCAUUAGAGAACAUAACAGAGUUGAAGGAGUUGUCACAGAAGAAGAGCAUGUAGCUUUUCUACAAUACUGGCUUUGUCGUUACCUAAUUUGUUCUCCUUCAUUCAAGAUUGUAAAAGCCAAUUUCCCCUUGGCUGUGGCUUUAUCUAGGGGCGAGUCAUACGCUUUAGGACCCCUUGUUCUUGCCUACUUGUAUAGAGGCAUCAACGACUUGCUUCACUCUCAGUUGGGUACUGCUGGAGGUCCAUUAUGGAUUCUACAACUAUGGCUUCAUGCCUACUUUCCAAAAUUGCGCCCUGGUUGUUUUUCUGUUCCCCAUCUCUCCUGUGAAGGACUAAAGUAUGUUUUGUACAAAGAGCCUGAAAGUUCAUUUCAUGAUUGUUUAAUGUAUAUGUGCCACUUUGACAGAGAAGAGAAUUUUAACUUCAUCCCAUAUUCAAAGUCAGAUGCUUUACCUACAUGGUUGAUCUUUCCUCGGUCUGAAAUGACCAAGACCGAGCUUUCUACACUCGUGGACAUGUGGGCCAGCUUUCUUGUUAGUCGUGAUCUUCCUCUUGGUAUCAUGAUUGGGAGAUCUGCAAGUAAAACUUGCGGUGUUGAAGCAUAUUGCCCAAAUCUCUGUGCCCGUCAGUUCGGUCUGAUUCAAGGCAUUCCUACUCCUCCUUUCUUCUCUUUCAAUACCCAUUCCCCUGAAAGAGCAAUAUUUGACACUUCUGAACAAUUCCUGGUGCUUAAGGUUACCAUAUCUCUUUUGUUCAAGAAACUUAAAUUUGUUCCAUUUUCACUUCUACCUAGUGCCACCUCAUCCUUCCAAUGUUGGUGGGAAAAAUUCUAUAAGGAAGCCUUUCCUCAUGAUCAAGAUUUGAACUAUCUUUUUAAGCUUGAUGAUUUGGACCAGAACAGACCCCUUCAACCACCUAAGUCAACAUCUGCUUUCAACAAGCGUAAAGAGUUAACCUCCUUCCAAACGGAAGGCGGCAGAUCUGACCAAUUGCAAGCACCCCCACCAACAAAACGAAUGAAGUAUGUGGCUCAGGAAGCAAAGAGUUCCAGUGUAGCUCAUUGCAAAGAAGCCCAGCCUCUGGCUAAAUUUCAAUACCUGCCUGGACGAGGGAGAGCUCAUAGUAAAAAAAGAACGAUUAUAACAGAAUAUCAUUUGUUGAGAAGUAUGAUAAAGGGCAAUUAUCUAUUUCAUGCCAAGUCCAAGGAAGCCAUUGUUGACAAAAGCAGUUUAAGUGUCUCCAAGGGUUGUGGCGAGAAAAGGAUAACCAAAGAGGAAGAGCAUCGUUUUUUGAUAAAUCUAAUUAAGUCCAAUUCUCAAUCUCACUCUGAGGAAAAGAAAGCGACCUUUGAGAGAAACACAAGUCCUCUUCGAACGAAACAACAAUCUGAUGCUCUAGAUGAGGGAGACAUUGUCGAAUUAACAGAAGAUAACAUUAGUUCUAAACUGAAAGAUCUUCCACUAACUCAGGCUUUGGAUGCAUCAAAUGGAGAGCUGCCUAGUCGAAUUUCGUCUCCAUCAACCCAAAUAGCUGAACCUCAGCUUCAUACAGAGCCAAGCAUUCUAUUACCACUUCAAGAACAGUCAUGUCAUCCAAAUCCUUCGAGGAAAGAAAGUGGUUUGCACCACUCUGGCUUUCUUGUGAAGCGUGAUCAUAAGAUGUCAAAGCCCGAGCCCUCUAUCCGAGCUUUGGACUUUCUUGAAAGAUAUCUCCUCCACCAUCCAGAUGUUUGCAUAGUCACCAACGCCAAAGAAGCUCUCAUUCCUAAUUCUGAUGAAAUUUCUAAGGCCAAGGCCAAGAUCCAAAGUAUUUCCACACUCUCUCUAGAUGAAGUCAUGGAGAUUGAAUGUUUACAUAACUUAAAAUCUUCACUGGAAAUCUUGCUCAUAGCGAAUGACCAAACUGGAGUUGAAUUUGCGAACAUUGAAAUUGUCCAGGAGAAGCUUGCUUUUGUGGAGUCGAAGUAUCACUUGGCUAGUGGAAUCACAGCUGAAGUUCAAGAACAAUUUAAUCAGAAAAUUGAACUGGAACAAGAAGUAGAAGUUUAUUCUCUUCGCUUUUCUAAAGCUCAAGAAGAUGAACCAAAGUUUCUGAAUUGUAUCACUGUACAAAAAUCAAUCAUUGAAGAGCUUGAGGAAAAACUGGGUGAGGAGAAAGCUGUUUUGAAGAAACUGGAGGAGUUUCAUGCCAACGCCAAAGCCAAAAUGGAUCAAAUCAGUUACAAGCUUGAGUACACACAGAAGUUGCUUCAUGAUCACUGUAUCCAUGAGAAAGCUCGGGUGAAGAGAGUGUUGCAAGCCAAAAGGGACUUUGAAUCUAUGGAAGCGACUUGGGUUCAGAUCCAACAACUGCUUUCCUUCAUUAGUGAUUUGCCAACGGAGGAAACAACCCCUUGAGGGUUGUCAUGGUAGAACUCAGCUGAUGAAGAGGUGAUAUUUUGAGAUGUUGUCCUUGUUUCCUUUGUCCUUCCCUUAUGUUCCCCCUUAAGUUAAAUGCAACAUAAUAUUAGAAUGCAGUGGUGGUUGAGCAUCUUGGCAGGGAGGUGGUUUUGCUGCUUGUGCAUCUCUUAGUGCGAAAUUGCAGUAAAGGUGUUUAAGGUGAGAUGCCAGUUUUUACUACGUAAUGGCAAAGGAGAUUAUUUUCUUGUCAUUUGUCUUAACAAAAAUAUCACCGUGUACUAAUUUCUGUGCAACUUAGUUAUUGCCUCUGUGAACUUCAAUGGUGCCAUAUAAUGUGUUAUAACGUACUGUUUGGCGUAUGCCUUACCUUUGAA